UAGUCCUGAGUCCAGUGACUCCACCAUCUAGUUGAAGCCUUUCUGUGUGGAGUUUGCACGUUUUCCACAUGACAUGGCCGAUUCUCUCCAGGGCAAUGUGACCUUUUCUUGUGCUGAGCCAGUUUCAGUCGCUGUGACGUUCACUGACUCCCACAGCUUCCUUCAGUUGCCUGGCCUUACAUCAUGGUCAACAGGGCUAGUGUCUGUAACGCUGCAGUUCAGGACGUGGAACAAGGGAGGUCUGCUCUUGACCUUUGGUCUCCCGCAGCAGGAUGGCACAGUUUUUCUAUACCUGAGCCAGGCGAGGCUUCGACUACAGAUCACUAAAGCAGGCAGAUCCUCGCUGGAUCUCAGCGCAGGCUCAGGUCUGAAUGACGGUCAGUGGCAUUAUGUGGAGCUGAGCUUCAAACAUGAUCAUCUAAGCAUCACAGUGGACAAAGACGAAGGAGCCACCGCUCACAUCAGCAUCUCGGUUCCUCUCACCUCAGAUAGUCAACUCUUCUUUGGUGACCCACCUGAGAGCUGAUGUUUCUGGGAAGUCUGACAUCCUGCAUUGCGUGGCUGUGGACGACCCCUUCAACAAAGUUAAGGUGAGACCCCAUGAGUGUGAUCUUCCUCUUCC